GUCUCUCAGCUGAUGCACGUAUCAACCGAACCGACUCCAUCAUCAGCAUCCGACGCUGACAGCGGUCGAAGUCGCUGCGUCUCCCCAACACCACCGAUGCGCGGCGGCAUCGCACAAUGCUCCGGGCCCACAAGAACCGGGACUGACACCAGAACAAACGACGCCGAUCCCGCCUUCCCCAUACGGUUUGCCGCGCUGCAAAUGAUAAUGUGUGUGCCCCCACUACCUGCAUUAGGUUGUGAUGACCCACACUGCAUCCAAAUGUAUCUGUGACCCUCCCCAAUCCUGACUCCUAACCUCUAACCCCUCACCUUUGACCUCCUCACUAUGGGCAGUGUUGGCAGUGGGGUGGCAGGCGAGCAGGAGUUUGCCAUGAAGUCCGUAGGCACGAGGACCACGCUGCCCCGCGCCCCUCCUCUCUCACGCCGUUGCCCUGGCGACCGCAGCUGCAGUGCAGAGCGUCUGCCCCGCCCCCCCGCCACUAUAUCCGACGGGACGGCCUCUAGCGACGAGCGAGGGAGCGUUAGUAUCGGGACCGGGGCCUGUACCGACCGGCCCACAGAAACGGCCUCCACCACCAACACGGAAUGUACCAUGGCGGCUCCCAACAACAACAACCAGCUGGAUUGCGGCAACGCGGCGCUCAGGAGGGAGUGGGAAAGGCAACGUGAACGAGGGAGAGACCGGGACCGGGACCGAGAUUGGGACCGGGAGAGGCUGGAAAGGGAGCGAGAGCGGGAGAGGAACAGGGAGAGGGAGCGGGAACGGGUGGAGAGGGAGAGGUUGGAACGAGAGCGGGAGAGAGAACGGGAGAGAGCCCGGGAGAGGGAGCGGGAGAGAAUCGAAAGGGAGAAGAUCGAGAGAGAGCGGGAGAGGGAGCGGGAAAGAGAGAGGGAGCGGGAACGGGAGAGGAUGGAGGGGGAACGACUGGAAUGGGAGAGGGAGAGAGAAAUGCAGGCCGCGGGUCUGGAUGUUUGCGGGAACAUUGUGGGCCGAGGAGGAAACGAGAAGAACAGCGUUGGGGUCAACCAGCACCAGCACAGAGACAUGGUGGCAGCCAGGACUGACGGAGAGAACAAUCCGGCGGGUCACAACCCACCCAAAAUGAUGGCGGUUUCAGGAAAACUGGAGCAGGCCAUGCAGAGAGAUUCCGGCCUGGUUCGUCCCUCUGCCUUCAAACCGGUGGUUCCAAAGAGUUUCCACUCGAUGCAGAACCUGGUGGGCCAGGCAGGUGGGGCUGGCAGUGAGAGCAAAGGCGAGGGGAGGGGAGAGGGCUUCUGUGAGGGAAGAGGUGGCGGCAGGAGAGGAGGCAGGGACGGUGGAGGAGGGGGAGAGUCAGGAGAUGUCCCGGAGGCCCUGCUCCUGGACCAGGAAAGCCCGAUGAGGGUCAGCAGGGGUGAGGGAGCGGGAAAUGGGAAUGAAGUGGUUCAGGGAGGGAUGUCUGACUCAGGCAGGAACUCUCUGACUAGCCUUCCCACCUACACGGUGUCGGGGUCUAAUUGUGGACCUCCAGCUGUACUGGGGCCUCUGAGUGCUUCAACAAGCCACAUCAACAGGUUGGGAAUGGCUGGGGCGGCUGCGGGCUUGGACAAGCUGGACAAGCCUGGCUACCAGAACGGCCUUUGUGCCUCGGACAGCGGUCGAUCCUCGUCAGGAAAGAGCUCCUCAUCCUAUCAGAGGCUGAGUCACAUGAGUGACGCACCGGGACCUCUACGUCCCUCCCCUUCAUCUGAUGACAUCAUCCAGGAUCUGGAGGAUCGCUUGUGGGAGAAGGAGCAAGAGGUGCAACACAUGCGGCGCAACUUGGACCAAAGCGAAGCCGCCAUCAUUCAGGUGUUCGAGGAGAAGCAGCGCGUAUGGGAGCGACAGAUGGACGAGCUGAGACAGAACUAUGCCUCGCGCCUGCAGCAGGUCACACGGCGUGCUCAGCGCUCCCAGACUGCCCUGCAGGCCCAGAUAACUCGUUUAUCUCAGGACAAGAGGAGGCUCCAGGAGGAGAUGGCUGCCCUGCUUGCCCAGAGAGAGGAGCUGGAGAGAAAGUGUCUGGAUUACAGAAAGGAGCAGGCUGACAUAUUGCCACGUCUAGAGGAGACCAAGUGGGAGGUUUGUCAGAAGGCCGGCGAGAUUUCACUGCUCAAGCAGCAGCUGCGGGAGAGCCAAGCAGAAGUGACCCAGCGGGCCGGAGAGAUGGUGGCCCUGAGGGGCCAGCUGAAGGAGCUCAACGUCCAACUGAGGGAGCAGGAAGAAGCCAUGCUGGGAUUGAAGGAGUCUUACAGCACCAAGAGUCAUGAGUUGGAGAAGUGCGAGGUCGAGCUGAGGAGGACCCUGUCAGAGGUGUCCAUCCUGCGCGAGAAGCUGGGUGUUUUUGAGGCAGAGGUGCUGAGUCUAAAACGAGCUCUGAAUGAAGUCAGCAGAGGAGCUGAGGUUGUUGUGAGCCCAAACUUAGCAGCGGCGGGGCUCUUACCGCCCUGGGGGAUCGUCCACUGCUCGCGAACUACCAUGGAUCACUCCAGUAACUCGCUCGCACCGACGUCCGAUACCCUGCUCAGUCUUCAGAGUGACGAAGCCAAAGCCCAGAGGCAGGAGGCCCAGAGGCAGCAACGUGAGGAAGCUCAGUGGCAACAGAUGCAGCGUCAAGAAGCCCACAUGCAGCAGGACAUGCAGAUGCGACAGGACGCUCACAUCCGACCAGAAGCUCAGCUUCGCCAGGAGGCCCACCUCCGCCAUGAAGCCCAGCUCCGCCAAGAGGCCCAGCUCCGCCACGAGGCCCAGCUCUGUCAGGAGUCCCAGCUGCGCCAGGAGGCCCACCAGUCGCAGCGGCUGCAGGACGCUCAAUGGGACGAAGCUGGAGAGCUGCGCAGGCAGCUGGAGCAGCUACAGGCCGCCCUGCGCCUUGAGAGGCAGCAACGCGAGCGCCAGGCUCUCAACUUUGACCAAGAGCGACACACCUGGCAGGACGAGAAGGAGCGGGUGUUGAAAUACCAGGCCCAGUUGCAGCUGAGCUACGUGGAGACCCUGCAGAAGAACCAGGCAUUGGAGAAACGUAUGAGCCAGCUGGGAACCAAACCCAGCACCGCCUCCAUCGACGCUACCACCACUGUCACCAACACCUCCCCCUCCUCCUCCUCCAGUUCUCCACCACCAGCUCCAGCACAAGUCCUUGCAGCUCUCUCCCCUCAGCCGCCAUCCUCCCUCCCUGGCCCCAUCACCCUCACCCUCUCUCCACCCUGCGAAGACCAGAAGGGCCCGCCUUCUCUCCACCAGCUUGCCCCUCCUUGGGCGGGACCUUCACGACUCGAGAGGAUAGAAUCCACCGAAAUUUAAGAGAGGGGGAGAAAAAGCUCUCAUUACAGACACACUUCGCCACUCAAGUAUAAGAACAUUUCAUACAAGAUAUAAAAAAAACAACAUUGAAACAGUUUCUCACGUUGCACUCCACGCUUGUGAAAAAGUGUGUCACACUGCAGGAAAACUAAACGACAAAGUUUAGUUGACACCACUAACAAAGUGUUUCUCUUUUCCUACACCGUGAUAGAAAAAAAAAAAGGACCAAGACAAUCGGAUAGUCAGAAUUUACAACAAGAGUAUUAUUAUUAUGAUGAUGAUGAUGAUUAUUAUUAUGCGAUAUUUAUUACUCAUUGUGAGUCUGUGUCAGUCGUAUAAUGUACAAGUAGAACUAGUGGUCAAGAGUGUGUGAUGUUAACAUGCAUUUUUGUCCAGAGAGCGCCUUACACCAUCUUUUUCAGCAUGUGUAAGAGAACAAGUAAUGCUGGGGAUCAAAAAAAAAAAGAGGAAAAAAAUGAAGUGUUAAUAUAUAAUUUUCAGGGCAUUGAUUAUGAAAAUGUAUAAAAAACAAAUAUAUAUAGGCCCUCUCGACUUUUUCAUGAAAGUCAUAAGAUUUCAUGCACAAUGUCCAACAUGCGUGACUCGAACAUAUCCUCCAAUUCAACAGAGCUUAUUUUUUCAAUUAAAAAAAAAAUAGAAUUUAACAGAUUUAGUGGAUAUUCAACCCAAUCCCAAUGUUACGGGACUACAAAUGACCAAUAGAGGUUAAUGAUGAGCUGACGUGGUGCCCAGGAUCACUUUUCUUUCUUCAUAGUUGCAAAACCUUGAAUGGAAGUACACAAUCUGAAACAGUUAAAUGCCAGGAAAAAAAUAAAGAAUCCAAAGUAAGUAUAUAUAUGUAUAUAUCCAUCCAUCCAUCUAUCCAUUUACUACCGCUUAUUCCCUUUCGGGGUCGCGGGGGGCACUGGCGCCUAUCUCAGCUACAAUCGGGCGGAAGGCGGGGUACACCCUGGACAAGUCGCCACCUCAUCGCAGGGCCAACACAGAUAGACAGACAACAUUCACACUCACAUUCACACACUAGGGCCAAUUUAGUGUUGCCAAUCAACCUAUCCCCAGGUGCAUGUUUUUGGAAGUGGGAGGAAGCCGGAGUACCCGGAGGGAACCCACGCAUUCAC